AUGUCACUCGACAUUCAAAACUUCGGUGUCUCUGACCCUUUUGCCAAUGACACCUCCCAGGCAGGUGGUGCCGGCGGCUCUGCAACUCACCUUAUUCAUAUCAGGAAUCAGCAGCGUAACGGGAGGAAGAGUGUGACGACGGUUCAGGGGCUAGAUAAGUCCUUCGACCUGAAGAAAAUGGUUCGAGCCUUGAAAAAGCAGUUUAGUUGUAAUGGGACAGUGAUCGAGGAUCCCGAACACGGGAGUAUCAUCCAACUGCAAGGCGAUCAACGUCAUGCUGUGAAAGAGUUUCUUGAAAAGGAAGCAAUCUGCAGUGUCGACCAGAUUCGCAUUCACGGUGCCUAA